ACGCUACAUUUAAUCCACCGCCUGCGCCUACACCUUCCUCUACACCACACACACUCUCUUCCUUUCCUUCAUCCCUCCAACAUGGCACCAGCGCUCGACAUGGACUCCGCGCAGCAGAUUGCGAAGGAGAACAAGCAGAGCACGCAGGUGCUUGACGAGUUGAUGAAGAAGCUGUCCGUCAGCAAGCCCGGCGAUGAGGCAAAGGGUACUUCCCAGGAGAUCGCCACCUUCAUCAACGGCGACAUCGAAGAGCAUGAGGCCCCCACCAAGGCCGUCGAGGGCCUCAAGAAGAUGCUGAACAACAAGAAGGAUGCUGGCGUCCGACAGAAUGCAUGCGAGGCAAUUGCUGCGAUUGCGAAGCACUCGGAUGUCGCGCCCAUCAUGCAGCCGUACCUCGUGCAGCUUCUGCCUGCGGUACUUGGUGCAGUCGGCGACAAGAUGGUGCCCGUCAAGGUGGCAGCACAGGAUGCGGCCAUCGCCAUCACCAAGGCUGUGAACCCGAACGCGGUGAAGGUUCUCAUUCCUCAUUACGUCAAGUCUAUCAGAGAGGCGCAGAAGUGGCCCGAAAAGAUGACCGAUCUAGAGUGUAUCGAGGCACUCUGCGAAAGUGCGCCGUCACAGACUGGUUUCCGCGUUCCGGACCUUAUCCCCAUCGUCUCCGAGGCAAUGUGGGAUACCAAGCCGGAGGUGAAGAAGCGGGCAUACACGACGAUGGAGAAGGUCUGCCAGCUCAUCUCCAACAAAGACAUUGAGCGUUUCAUUCCCGAGCUCAUCAAGUGUAUCGCCAAGCCGGAGAAUGUGCCAGAGACGAUACAUCUUCUCGGUGCCACUACUUUCGUUACGGACGUGCACGAGCCGACUUUGGCCAUUAUGGUCCCGCUGCUCGAGCGUGGCCUGAAGGAGCGCGAGACCGCCAUCAAGCGGAAGACAGCUGUGAUCAUUGACAACAUGUGCAAGCUGGUCGAGGACCCGAAUAUCGUGGCUGCGUUCUUGCCAAAGCUCAUGCCGCAGACAGAGGAGAACUACUCCAACAUUGCUGACCCAGAGGCUCGUGAGAAGACCAAGCAGGCUCUCGAUACGCUCAUUCGCGUGGGUAAUGUCAAGGACGGCAAGAUCCCGGAGAAGUCGGCCGAUGGUGAGCUUGAGACUGUCAAGGCCAAGUUGAAGGACAUUCUCGACUACAAGCACAAGGAGACCAUCACCAAGUUUGAGCCAGUAUUGGACUUUAUUGCUGCCAUUGGCGGUCAGCUCGUCGACGAGAAAGCCAAGGAUCCGGUUGAGUGGGCGACCAACAUUCUACCGCUUGUUGUUGCCAUGAUCGGGCAGGAAGAUGCUCAGAAUGUCGUGGAUACCCUCCGGAAGCGUGCCACUCCUGGUGCGUCUGCAGAGGACGAGAUCGAGCCGGAUGAGGAGGAGGGCGAGGACCUUUGCAACUGCACGUUCAACCUGGCUUACGGUGCCAAGAUCCUGCUCAAUCAAACCAAUCUGCGCCUCAAGCGUGGUCAGCGUUACGGUCUUCUCGGCCCGAACGGUUCUGGUAAGACGACGCUCAUGCGUGCCAUCAACAACGAACAGGUUGAGGGCUUCCCUAAGCAAAGCGAGGUCAAGACGGCCUACAUUGAGCACGAUCUCGAUUCUGCCGACACUGAAAUGACUGUCAUUGCAUGGACCAUGAUGAAGCUUAAGCAGGCGGACGUAAAUCUGUCGCAAGAAGAAGUCGAGAAGACGCUCGUCGAGUUUGGCUUCGUGGACCAGCAGAUCCAAGGCCCAAUCACUGCCCUCUCCGGUGGCUGGAAGAUGAAGCUCGCUUUAGCCCGCGCAGUCUUCCAGAAGCCUGACAUCCUCCUCCUUGACGAGCCGACCAACCAUCUCGACGUCAAGAAUGUGAAGUGGCUCGAAGACUACCUCGUCAACUCGCCAUGCACGUCCAUCAUCAUCUCCCACGACGUCAAGUUCUUGGACAACGUUAUUCAACACGUGUACCACUACGAGCGCUUCAAGCUCAAGCGUUACCGUGGCAAGCUUAGCGAGUUCGUCAAGCGCGUCCCAUCCGCCAAGUCUUACUACGAGCUGGGAGCGUCCGAAAUCGAGUUCAGAUUCCCGGAGCCUGGUUUCCUCGAAGGCGUUAAGACCAAGGCCAAGGCUAUCGUCCGUGUCAACAACAUGAGCUUCCAGUAUCCCGGCACCUCCAAGCCUCAGAUUCAGGACAUCACUUUCCAGUGCUCGCUUGGCUCACGUAUCGCCAUUAUCGGUCCCAACGGUGCCGGCAAGUCUACCCUCGUCAACGUCUUGACUGGUGAGCUCAUCCCAACCACGGGCGAUGUCUACCAGCACGAGAACAUCCGUAUCGCCUACAUCAAGCAGCACGCCUUCGCACACAUCGACCACUUCCUUGACAAGACGCCGUCUGAGUAUAUCCAGUGGCGAUUCCAGACUGGCGAGGACCGCGAAACGAUGGAUCGCGCCAACAAGAUCGUCACUGAAGAGGACGAGAAGGCCAUGGACAAGAUCUACAAGAUUGAGGGUACGCAGCGUCGCGUCAUCGGCGUGCACUCACGGAGAAAGUUCAAGAACAGCUACGAGUAUGAGUGUUCGUUUGCGUUGGGUGAGAACAUAGGCAUGAAGAACGAGCGCUGGACGCCCAUGAUGACGGCGGACAACGCGUGGAUUCCGCGGAACGAGCUCAUCCAGUCGCAUCAGAAGAUGGUGGCAGAUGUCGAUCAGAAGGAGGCGUUGGCGAGCGGGCAGUUCCGGCCGCUGGUGCGGAAGGAGAUCGAGUCACACUGCGCCAACUUCGGCCUCGACGCCGAACUCGUCUCGCACUCCCGCAUGCGCGGUCUCUCCGGUGGCCAGCGUGUCAAGGUCGUGCUCGCGGCGUGCUCAUGGCAGCGUCCCCACUUGAUCGUCCUCGACGAGCCGACCAACUAUCUCGACCGCGACUCCCUCGGCGCCCUCUCCAAGGCCAUCAAGGCCUUCGAGGGUGGUGUGAUCAUCAUCACGCACUCGGCCGAGUUCACCAAGGACUUGACGGAGGAAGUGUGGGCGGUCAUGGACGGCCGCAUGACCCCGUCCGGUCACAACUGGGUGCAAGGGCAGGGUGCGGGUCCGCGUCUCAAGCAGGAUGACGAUGAGGAGGACAAGUUCGAUGCGAUGGGGAACAAGAUUGAGAGCACGAAGAAGAAGGCCAAGUUGACGAGUGCGGAGUUGCGGAAGAAGAAGAAGGACCGGAUGGCGAGGCGGAAGAGGGGUGAAGAGGUGUUCUCGGAUGAGGAUGAUUAGAGGGGGCGAUGCGUGAUGGUGGGAAAGCGAGAAUGGCAUGGUAAUGGGAGUUGGGUCGGCGAU